AUGCAAGACUCUGAACUCCAAGAGAUAUCGGCAGCUCUUCGCGCCGCCCGUAUCAGCAAAGAGCCGAUCGAACCCCCAACUAAGAAGUGGACAAGUCUCGAUCCUGACAGCGCUUUUGAAGUCCAAAAGGUCACCGUCAAGAACGCUGUCAGUCAAGAUGGCGAUAGAAUCGUCGGAUAUAAACUGGGCAACAUCGCAAAGGUCAUGCAAGACGCCUUUGGCCUAGACCAACCAGACUAUGGCUUCCUCCUCGCGAGCACUUUCAUCUUCGAGGGAACGACUCUGAGCCUCAAGGAUUUCAUCAAGCCUUACGUCGAGCUUGAGCCAGCUUUCGUUCUCAAAGGCCCUCUAAGAGGGCCAAAUGUCACUGUUGCGGACGUCAUCAACGCCAUCGACUACGCCAUCCCCGCGAUAGAGAUUAUCGACUCCAGGGUUCGAGACUGGGCCAUCGACCUCCCGGACACGCUGGCUGAUAACGGAUCAACCGGCGCCGUCAUCCUAGGUGGCACACCUCGCCGACUUAUCGAUCUUACCUUGAACAACACUAGAGGUAUGCUACGUUUCAAUGAUAAGGAGGUCAUGUCGGGCAACACCAGAAACGUACUUGGUAAUCCACUGUCCGCCGUGGCAUGGCUAGCGAAUAAACUUGCAGGAUACGACGUUGGUUUCGAUGCAGGGCAGGUUAUCUUGCCUGGUAGCUGCCUACAGGCGGUGCCAAUGCAGGAAGCCGGUCGCUGGUCUUACUUCAAGCGCAUGAAGUCUGCCUGA